AUGUUCGUUUUUCUUUUAAUCUGCUUGACUGUAAUUGAGCUGAGCCUAAGCCAGCCCGUGUACGUCAUCCUGGCGGCAGGAGUUGGAAGGACAAUCGACCCUCAAGAGGAAACCCUCUACCAAAACCAACUUGACCCGCAAUCUCUAGAAGCCCUUGCUUUUAUCGAUGACCCCGCCAAGUUAUAUGCCCCCAACGAUUUCCUUAGUGACCUACAUAAACUCGCCAUCGGUGUCCAGAAGUUUGUUCAGGAUCCACCUAGUUCACUGUACAGUGCGCUCACCAAAAAGAACCACAAGAAGAAGGAACAGAGCCAGAGUCAGAGUCAGAAGCCCGUGAAGCACAAGGUGGUGCUUGACCCCUUCGGCAACAUCUCGCUCUUUCUGGGCUGGUCAGUCAACUUUCAGGUGACCAACAGCAUCGGCGUGAACAGCAUCGGCUAA